AGCAUCCUUGGGCAAAAAUAUCAGGACCCUGGUCCUCAAUUUUCAGCAAGAACCUGGCAACUGGAGACCCCAUCAAAGAGGAAGAGAAUCACCGACCCUCCCCCUCCAUGCACAAUAGCUAUGCUGAAGCUGCAAGAAUCCCAUUCAACACCCCCAAGACACAGCCCAAGGUACCCAAGACCCCACACAAGUCACCACAACUGGAGGAGCCUCCUCGCAUUUUUCUCCGCCUCCCCAAAGAUCACCCAGCCUGCCGAGCUAGCCCGUACGCCACUAUGGAUACUGAGGAAACAUUUGGACAGGACCUGUUCUGCAGCUGAGAAAGAGGUCCAACAGGUGCCCUCUGGCCUGGGUCUCCAGCUCCUCAUGGAACGUAGGGAGGCUCUGGAGGGCCUCUUACAGGAAUCCAAGGUUGAAGUCGAACAGAAAUGGGCCAUCUUCGCCCUACCAAACGUACAACAGCAGUUUAUCAGCUAUGAUGGGACUCAAGUCCCGAUAAAUGAGCAGAUGGCAUUGGAUGAAUUCAAGCUACAGACAGCCCUCUCCCCCCCGAAGUUCUACUUUUCAAACAAAAACCCACUAUCUAGUACUCUCAUCAUGGCUGUCCCUGAAGACCAGGCCCGAGCAGUCCCAAAAUGGAUCAAUUGUCACGGGCUCGGAAUAGUAGAUAAUAACGAACUGAAUUUCUAUCUAAACUAUUAUAGCCACCAACAAGAAUAUCGAAUCUAGAGAGAAAAGAAGAAGAGGAAUCUAUCUACAGGAGAAAAGGGGUUUUAUCUAUGGGUAGUGUGGCCGCGCUAAGUGCUUUCUUUGUUUGCUUGCUCGGAUGGCGG